AUGGAAACAGUCCCAAGACCUGUGUUCCUCUAUGGUACCUUAUGCGCCCUACCACUACUCGCUUGGGUUCUGACUGGUGACGCUACUCAAGUUAAAGAGAUAUCGGCCCUCAUUCGGACCGCGAAAGUGGAAAACGUCGCACGUUACUCAUUACACGGCUGUGAUUAUCCAUGCGCCAUUAGGGAGCACGGUUCAUACAUAAAUGGAUAUUUCCUACAGCCUCAAACGCUCUCACAGCGGAAGAAGCUUGACGACUUUGAAGGCGAAGUUUACCAAGUCAAUCCAAUACAAGCCAUGGUGUUAAGUCACGGUGGCGAAACGGUCGAGAGCUUAAUCGAAGCGGAUAUAUACCUAUGGAAUGGCGAUGAGGAUUUGGUUGCUUACCAGUCUUGGGACUUGGAAUGGUUUCUACAAGAAAGACUGAAGGACUGGAUCGAGCUUUUUGCGGGAAUGGAGAUGGUGGGGGGUGCAGACUUUGAAGAAUUACAUCGAUGGAUUCUUCAACUUCUUCGACUUUUCGCUCAGUGUUUGACUUCUCUGGUGAUGGGCUGA